AUGGACUACGAGACCCCUCCUCCCGCCGGUACCAGAUUCGCCGUCGACCUCGAUGAUACUCUCCACGAGGAAGGAGAAACUCCUUCCUUCCCUGCUUCCCUCUCAAACGGCCUGAUAGGUGAUGUCGCCGAACGUACCGUCUCAUCAACAGCCGUCGCACCAACUUUCGAUCCAUCAAAAUCAUCAACAGGAUUUCCAGCCCAUACAAAACGAAAACGUCCAUCUGCUUUCCGACAACAGAGAAAUGCUGCCGCUGCCUCCGCUGCUCCAAACCAAAAUGAACCGGUUCCUCGAUCCGUGUCGACGGGUACUGGUGGUGUUGGUGGUGGUAAUAGCAGAAUAGACGAUAUGUCUUCUAUCCGGGCUGAAAAUGCUUCGAUAGUCGCGAAUAUGACAUCACAGGAGAGAGAUGCCGAAAGGCAGGAACUUAUGGAUUCAUUAAGUCCUGAGCUUCUCCAGAUGUUUCUUAAACGAGCAUCAUUAGACGAUGAUGUGGAAACAUCACGACCAGCAAGAGUGCCCCAACCGCCAAAGGAACCAGUUCCAACCCCAAAUGCUGCUCCCUCAUCAUCUACAAAUAUAUCACCUCCCACAGAUACACCCACAUUAUCAUCAUCAACAUCUCAACCUCCACCAUCAAAUCCCACCCAUUCACACCUCUCAGACAUCCCAGAAUCAGCAUUCCCACCCUCCAUCAAAAUCCACUUCCCCCAAGCUCCCAUCCCAUCCACAGAACCCGAACCAGACCCUGAUUCCCCCGAAUUCCUCGAGCAUCUUCACAAAAAAUACUUUCCAAAUCUUCCCACCGACCCCCAAAAGCUCGCAUGGAUGGUACCCCCUUCCAACACCGAACAAGACCCACUUUACGCACCCACAUUAUCAUCAAUCCUCCCUUCCUCGGUCCGUUUCGACUUUAGAGGUCGUCUUCUCGCUCCCCGAAAAUCCCGUGCUGUUCCUGGACAUCUCGGACUUCAUCAUCAUGCUGAUUCACCGUUAAGUGCUGGGUAUACAAUCCCAGAAUUAAGCCAUUUAGCCCGCUCUAGCUUUCCAGCGCAGAGAUGUAUGGCUUUUCAAACGUUAGGAAGGAUACUUUACCGUCUCGGUACAGGGUCUUACUCCAAACCGAACGAGGAACUCGAAGAUCCAAAUAUUGCAAAUGGAGAUACCCAAGAAGAUGCUCGAGCCCAGAAGGAGAACGAAAGGAGAAUAAACACGCCACUAGAACAAUCACUUUGGCGUUGUAUCCACGAAGGCAGGGUUUUGGAAAGUCUGCAGGAGGCUGGGAAUGGUGGUAAGAAUGGAGAGGGUAGUUCACAUCUAGGAGUUAAGAACUAUGCAUUAGAGGCAUUGUGGUUAUGGCAGAAAGGCGGGGGGGAGAGGUGGAAAGCUGAUUAA